AUGAUGAUCUACCGCCCUCUCUUUUGGACAUCUUAUUGGUGCGAAGACUGGCUUUUUACCUCUUCCAACUACCACAACGGUUGCGAUACGAUUCUCAUUUCCUCUGCAUCUUCCAAAACCGCGUUUUGUUUUGCCUAUUGCGUUCGAAAUCGUCGUGUCAAGCAAGGAGGAGGGGCAAAACCGAGUAUAAUCGGAUUAACGUCCAAAAGAAACGUGGCGUUUACGAAGAAGUUGGAAUUGUACGAUGAAGUGUAUGAUUAUGACAACUUCACUUCCACCGAUUCGUUCAACCAAGGAGGAUACCGUAAACGAUGGAUAUACGUAGACGUCACCGGCAAUACCGACUUAAAUGGCAAAGUCGUCGAUCAUUUUACUAAUUCUACUAGUGGUGGUGAGCUAGUCGUUUCCAUUUCAUUGGGCGCCACGAACACAACACCGGAAAUAUCAAAGAACUCCAAAUUUACUGAAGAAGAUGCGAAAGGCAUCAUGGGCAACGCGAGCUCCACGCUUGGACUACCAGCUUCUGGGUCUUCCACCACCACCACCAACUUUUGGCCUAAACUUGAACGGUUCUUCACACCUGAAUGGGUAGACGUACGCAGACGUCAGAUGUCGCUCUCUGAGAUAUUCGAGCUUCAGAGAACAGAAUGGCACAAACUGGAGAAAGACUGUGUUCCGUGGAUUGAGAUUGAGAGGGUUUAUGGCCCGAAGAGUGUGAAGGAGUCGUAUGAGCGUAUCGUAAGGAGUGGGUUGGGACCGGAUAAAGGCCUUGUGUGGAGUUUGUGGGAGAAACCGAAGCGUGGUGAAAAGGCUAAAUUGUAG